GCUGUCCGUUCUGCUUUUUGCCUUGCUGAGGGAGGGGACGGUGCUGACGGCUGGGUGGACGCGAAGAGCGACAAGAAAGCCCUUGGAAAGACUCGAGAGAGUGGGGAACGGCCCUGGUUUACACCGUCCGUCGGGAGAUAAGCACCCCGAAUUUCCGUAGCAGCCGAAUUUGUCAUCGAAGCGGCGCCGAAAAAUGUCAAACAGUCGUCAGCUGAGCGAGAGCAGGGCCAUCCCGACCAGGACGGUGUUGAUCAACGACACAACGCAGCUACCUCAUGACUAUUGUACCACCCCUGGAGGCACUUUAUUCUCUACCACUCCCGGAGGAACGCGAAUCAUCUAUGACCGCAAGUUCUUGCUGGAUAUGCGUAAUUCGCCCAUGGCCCAGACCCCACCCGCUCACCUACCUGUCAUACCCGGCGUGACCAGUCAAAACACACUCCAUGAGAACCGGAAGAAUGAAGCCAAGAACCACGUCAACAACCAUGACGGAAAACCUACGAACGGUGACGACGCUCAGUUUGAAAUGGACAUCUGACAGACUGGCGCCAGCACACACAAAAAAAAAACGAAACAAGUAAUUGACCUGGCAUGCCCUGUCAUGCCAGUGGCUUGGCUUAUAGAAACAAAACAUGUUGUUGAGCCUUCCUGGCACUCAUCUUUUGCUCUCCACUUUGCUGCUGCCGGAUGUCAUUUGUGUGUGUAUGGGUGUGUGUGUGUGUGCGUUGUUUAAAAAUGACGAGGUAACAGCACAAACCGUCUGGUACUGGGGUCAAGAAACUGGGUUUAUUUGAAUAAAUUUCAAUAGCUGCUGUACUAUUCAACCACACAACAAGGGGAGCUGGCGUUAUGCAUCCCCACACACACACUCUCUCUCUCUCUCCCUCUCUCUCCCUCUCUCUCUCUCUCUCUCUCUCACACACACACAAAUGGCAGUGAGUUCAUUCACAGAGCACAUCUAUUCUGACUUUUCUCAAUCUUAUCUGUGUGGAUGAUCACCAUUUCAUAACAUUCGGAAAUUGUAAUCAAUUAUUCUCUUUGGCAAGUACAAAUUAAUAUAUUUUACCUUCCAGGUUAAAUCGUGCAUGAUAGCCCUUUGUUUUUGCUAAUGAAAAUAUAUUGAAUAAUAUAUAUGAAAAAAUUGAGACAUUUUGAGAUGGGGAGUUCAGAUGUGAAAUUUUGGAAAUAUUCAAAGUGGGACACUUAAAAAUCAAAAUUAUAAAGGCAAAUUAUAGGAAUUAAAAGGAGGUUGUUGGUAUAAAUGGCGUGCAAUGAACAUUUUGUGUGAUCACUAGCGCACAGGCAGGAAAUUUACAUUUUAAUAUUUCCCCCCAUCUAGUUUUGUCAUUGAACAACCCAAAAUAUAUCAAUGUUGUAUACACGGAAUGAAUAUCCCAUGUUUUCCCUGUAAAUUCCCUUAUACUGUAUUGCCAUUACACACCCAUGGAAAGUGUCCUUAUUUGAAAAUUCCCCUAAUUUUGCAACCACGGUGCAAGAAAGGUGAUACUUGACUUGAAUAUUUUGAUUUAAUGGGGGAAUUGUUUGACACCAACCUUGAUUUGGGGUGAAGAUCCUUUUCCUACACUUGAAAAGAUCCAAAAAUGUGUUGUAUUUUCAUUUUUAUUGAAUACCGUUUUCUGUAUUAAGGGUCUUGUUUGAUUGAAAGUGGAGCAAACCUUCAGAUUUGUCAAAAGUGUCUCUGAGCUUGAUGGUGCCAUUCCAUAAUCUGCAAAAAUGCCCUCAGUGUUCUUAAUCCAUUCUACUGUAAUGACCUUUUUUUUGGUGGGGGGGGGGGGGUCAUGUAAGUGUGUCCAUGCCUUACUUUAAAGCAAUGCAGUACAUCAGUCUACAUGAAGUUUGUGUCAUCAUCACUUUGUACUACUGCGAAAGAGAUGUUUAUUUUUUUUCAGUGGACAUUGUACUCAGAAACUGAAGAAAGUGGGAAGGGGGGGCGUUGCUUUCGUUUGUAGAUGUGGAGUUUAAAAGAGUGACGGCAAACAUUGCAUCACAGUCAUUUAGUUCAUUAUACGGUGAAGAUACAACUCAAAUACUCAUUUUCCAUUCCAAAUUCUCAUUCUGUACUACAAAAUUCUUGAGUGUAAAUUUAAUUCAAAUCGGUUUGGUUUGACAAUGAGGGCUAAAAAUUGUCUGAUUUAAAACAACAACAAAAGAUUUGGGACAAGCUUUGAUUUGAGAUCACUUUUUUCAGGAAACUCAAAAUACCAGUGAACGCUCUUGCUACAAGAUCAAUAAAAGUUCCAUAACAAA